GAAAUGAUGCAAUCUACAAGCUGACAAAGAACAAGGACCAUGAACUCCGUGUUGAGCUACAAGAUUUUGAUGGCGCUGAAGCAUACGCUCAGUACAAUAUAUUUUAUGUCGGGAAUGAAGAAAGUAAAUACGUACUCACCCUGUCGGAGUAUUUUGGAUCCGCAGGUGACAGUUUAAAGUAUCACAAUGGAAUGAAAUUCACCACUAAGGAUCGGGAUAACGACGAGAAUGGUGGUAACUGUGCUGUAUACUGUCACGGAGCCUGGUGGUACAAAUCCUGACAUAGCUCAAAUCUUAACGGGCAGUACGUCAAUUCUAAUGUGACUAGUGUUAAACACCCGGUAUGGUAUAGCUGGAAAGGGAGACACGAAGCGCUGAAAAAGACUAGGAUGAUGAUAAGAAAUAU